AUGUCGUCGUCCGCAGAAGAAAAGUCUGGCAGAACUGCCACGCCGGCCAAGUUCCGACAGCUCCACGUCAAACUACCCACUGAAACCCCUCCCGCCCAGCUCCCGCCUCACUGGCCGCGGCCGUCCGACUCGACCACACCCAGCAAUGCCUGGCUCGCCGCCCAUCCGCGGGGCUUCCUGCUGCUGCACAACAUGCACGAGUCUCAGCCGAUGGGCAAGUGCAUGCUCCUCGAGAGCCUCGACACGGGCGAGCUGGUGGUCAACAAGCGCCUGUACCGCUACUCCCGGCGGUACCCGCGAGCGUCGGGCGAGGCCGCCUGGCAGACCGAGUACGCGACGCGGGCGCCGGGCGAGGUGCGCUUCGCGCGGCUGGACGACCCGCUCGUGGAGGCGCGCCUGCCCGACGAGCCGUACUUCCCGGAGCUGCUCGCGUACGGCUUCCCCGCGUGGCCGCGCACCUUCGCCGCAAAUGCCCACGGCUCCCAGGCCGACCUGUUCUCGCUGUACUUCCGCCGCUGCAACGGCGGCUCCCUGAGCAACCUGAUGGAGAUGUACGCGGACGCGGCCGUCGGCGCGCCCGUGCCCGAGCCCUUCGUCUGGCACGUCAUCGAGCAGCUGACGCGCGCCGUGGUCUUCCUGCACACGGGGCUGACGCGCGCGGAGCUGGAUGCGGGCGCGCGGCGCGCGAAGGAUGGGUGGGUGCCGAUUGUGCAUCGGACGAUCAAGGCGGAUAAUGUCUUGCUGCAUUUUGACAGCCUGGAUGGCGGGGAUGGGGGUGGGGAUCCGCUGGACAGGUGCUUCCCACGGGUCGUUCUGGAGGGAUUUGACCAGGCCAACUUCACGAAUGACGCCGAGGAGUGGUGGUGCCCGCGGGCGCUGGCCAGUUAUGCGAGUCAAAAGCCGCAGCGGCCCGAGUGCUGGGAGGAUGUGCACCUCGUCGGGGAGCUGUUUCGUCGCCUGGUCACGGUGCAUGACUGCGCGAGGAUGCAGGAUGCACGGCGGCAAGUGGUGUCUGUUCAGCCAGACGAAGAACCCUUUAGCCUCCGGUUCGAUGUCGAGGGGGAUGGCCGGCUGGACAGGCACCUGUCACGGAAUCUUCAACUGGGGGGCGGCAAAGCACUAGCAUACUCGGAUGAGCUCAUCAAGUUGCUGAUGAAGUGGGAAAUACCCGCCCUGCAGCAGAACCUUGAGAGCUUCUUCGCGGAUGAGGAUAUUCGGAAGAGCAUUCCCGACACCAAGUUCCUGCUCGAUGAAGUCUUGCCGCUGGCGGUGAAGAAAGUCAAGGAGUAUCGCGCAUUGGGGUUUGACAAGCUGGCAUCCGACGCGGACAAUGGGGGUUGGAGCGCGGACGUCUCAUGGGUCAUGCCGGACCCGGCAUUUGAAAGGAUCCCAUAUUCGAACAACAGGGGAAGCGUGGAACACUCGCUUAGCGCACUGAGGGUCGAGUUGGCAAGGCUGUUCGGUCCU